AUGGGUUCAUCAGCAGAUUAUGAAAGAUUGUUCAACAGGCAAAGAACCCUUCACGAGAUCCUUGGAGGAGGCCUUGUUGCAGAUGUGAUUCUGUGGAGGCAGAAAAAUCUGACUUCGGGAAUAUUGUUAGUAACUCUAUCUGCUUGGGUGGUGUUUGAGAAGUCUGGUUAUACUCUGCUGUCACUUGUCUCAAGUGUUCUUCUCCUCCUGAUGAGCAUCCUCUUUCUCUGGGCUAAAUCUGCAGCCAUUCUCAACCGACCAGCUCCUCCCCUGCCUCAACUGCAGUUGUCAGAAGAAAUGGUAAAUGAAAUGGCAGCUUCCAUUCGCAGUCGGGUAAAUGCUUUGCUCUCGGUUUCUCAAGAUAUAUCUCUCGGCAAAGACUCAAGAUUGUUCUUCAAAGUAGCUGCAUACCUCUUGCUGAUUUAUUUUGCUGGUGGCUUGACUGAUUUCCUUACUUUGAGCUACACCAGCCUUGUCAUGGUUCUAACAAUUCCAGCGCUCUAUGAGAGGUGUGAAGAUUAUGUGGACAAAUAUAUCAUGAUGGGGUACAGGAAAUUGCUGCAACUGUAUGUUAAAUUUGAUGAAGAGUAUUUGAACAGAUUUCAAAACUGGGUUCUGGAAAAGAAAAAACUAAGUUAA